AGCGGCGGCGGGGAGCCAUGCUGUCGAGGAAGGGGAUCAUUCCCGAGGAGUACGUGCUAACCCGGCUGGCCGAGGAUGUGCCGGAUCACGCCCGGUACCGCGCCCGGGAGCGGCGGGCACGCUUCGUGGGCAAGAACGGAGCCUGCAACGUGGCCCACAAAAACAUCCGGGAGCAGGGCCGGUUCCUCCAGGACGUCUUCACCACCUUGGUGGACCUCAAGUGGCCCCACACGCUGCUCAUCUUCACCAUGUCCUUCCUCUGCAGCUGGCUGCUCUUUGGCAUGGUCUGGUGGCUCAUUGCCUUCGCCCACGGAGACCUGGACCACGGCACCCGGUUGCAGCGCACCCCGCCCACGGAGGUCCCGGACAGCUUUGUGCCCUGCGUGACCAGCAUCCACUCCUUCACCUCUGCCUUCCUCUUCUCCAUCGAGGUGCAGGUGACGAUCGGCUUUGGAGGACGCAUGGUGACGGAGGAGUGCCCGGCCGCCAUCCUGGUGCUGAUUGUGCAGAACAUCGUGGGGCUGGUGAUCAACGCCAUCAUGCUGGGCUGCAUCUUCAUGAAGACCUCGCAAGCCCACCGCCGUGCUGAGACCCUCAUCUUUAGCAAGCAUGCGGUCAUCGCCCUGCGGGAUGGCAAGCUGUGCUUCAUGCUGCGGGUGGGCGACCUCCGGAAGAGCAUGAUCAUCAGUGCCACCAUCCGCAUGCAGGUGGUGAAGAAGACCUCCAGUCUGGAGGGGGAAGUGGUGCCCCUCAACCAGAUCGACAUCCAGAUGGAGAACCCCGUGGGGGGCAACAGCAUCUUCCUUGUCUCCCCACUCAUCAUCUACCACGUGAUAGACAAGAACAGCCCCCUCUACGACAUCUCCCCCACUAACCUUCACCACCACGAGGACCUGGAGAUCAUAGUCAUCUUGGAAGGGGUGGUGGAGACGACCGGCAUCACCACUCAAGCCAGAACCUCCUACCUGGCGGAUGAAAUCCUCUGGGGCCAGAGGUUUGUGCCCAUCGUGGCCGAGGAAGAUGGGCAAUACUCUGUGGACUACUCUAAAUUUGGUAACACGGUGAAAGUGCCCACCCCUUCGUGCACCGCCAGGCAGCUGGAGGAGGACAAGAGCAUUAUGGACACAGUACCAUUUUCCCCUAGAAGUACCAUAAGGAAAAGAUCUAUCAAGUUAAAGCCCAAGUUCACCAUAUCUGAUGAGCCUUCCUGAUGCCUUUUGACUGGGAAACUGUGUUAGGGCUUUGUGUCUGAAAGAUCUCAUAAACUCAAAACACUGAGGUGGCCUCUAUUACUUUUUUAAAAAAUUCAGGUCGGUAGCACAAGGUAUGUUCUGCUGUUAUUUAUUGCGGGAUAAAUGUAAAGCUAAUUAUAUUUUUUUAAAGGUGCAAGAUUUCAGGCAGCACUGGGAGUAGGAAAAUCCUGAUCUGCAGCUUUAAAUUUCAGUUCCGACUGUCAUGCUGAGUUGCACGAUCAUUCUGCAUUGAUUAAUCUCUAGGUAACUAUGUAUUUUCUUAAAAAACAAAUGUUUCUAUAUCCUCAGAGAUUGCAGUUCUGGGGGUCUUGCAGUGUCUGUCUUAAAGUCAGUAGUUUUUAACUGCUCUUUUCUAACUUGAACAAUCAAUAUCGAGAAAUAAAGUAUUAAUAAUUAAUGAAGCAGGCUGAAUUUAAGCAGUAACAACAAGGUCAGGCAGCGUAGUGCGACACAAGAGCAGAUCUGGGACUGUCUGUGCUAUUAUACUCAAUGUCUUAAAUAAACGGCUGGGUUUGCUGCAUCCAUAUUGUAUUGUAUGGAGCCACUCCUACCACAUGCAGUAUGAAAUGUAUUUGAACAUUUCCUUUUGUUUAUUUUAAAACCCUUUACACUUCCAAAAUAAAAUAGUCAAGUGUAUCUUUUGGGCUGUGUGUUUUUGAUAGUAAACAUUGCUUUCUUCUAAAAAGAACAGCAGAAAACGUGCAACUGAGGCUAAUCAUAAAUAGGAAACAUUCUGCAUUCUUAUUGUCUAAAUGAGAAGCAACAUCCCCCUCUCACACAGCAGUAGGGACACCCAGAAGAAAUGAAUCUCUGCUUUAGGUUGGAGUGAACUCUGUUAGAGAAUGAGGGGCUAUAAAUAGAAUCCAGUAUUUUGAAUGGGAGGUCAGUGCUGAAUCCUGGAACGUAUCUGCAUGCGGCAGACAAAAGCUUUUACUCUUUUCCCUUUUGUAAAAGAAGCAGAGGUUUGUGCAUCAGGAAGGAGGGCUGUGCAGGACGGCACGGUCUCUCCUGGGAUGCCAGAUCACAAAUACUACUGCUGAGGAAAUGAUUUCCUUUCCAUUCACAUCCCAACCUCUGCACAGCCAGUGCCUGCUGAGGGUUUAGCUGAACUCAGGAGCAGAGGAGCCAUGUUCACCCUGUCAGCCCCACCGUGACAGCAGGAGUGGUUCCCCUCUGCAUGCUCCUCUGUGUGGGGAUGGCAGCAACAGCAGCAGCUUUAUUCCUGCGUUAUUAGGGGAUAGCAGUAGCAUUAACUGCACUAUGCUAUUAACAGGACGAACUGCCACUCAAUUAAAAAAUAUAACGUUCUGUAAACAAAUCCUAAAUAAGCUUUA